AUGGAUCUCAUUCCUCCAUCUUACAGAUCUGCAACGGACAGAGAUGCUUGGAUAAUUAUUGCCCGCUACAUCCCUUCCAGUGACCUUUACGCUGCAUCUUUAGUCUGCCACAGAUGGCAUGGUCUAUUUAUGCCCUUCCUCUGGGGCGACCCUGCAUCUCAUUUUGGUACAAAUAACGAUGUAGUCUACGGUAAGUAA